UUAGAAAUAAAUAAAUAAAUACGUCCCUAAUUUUCCGUUCGCAGUGUAACAGAAAUGGUCGACUCCUGCCUGAGCUUCGUGUCAAUCUAUGGCAGCUUCCUACGCCGCUCCCUCUCCGCCGCCGGCCUAUCGUCUCAGACCAUAGACAUUGAUAGCGACACCACCCUUCACUUUUGGGGCCCCUCCGCCGCCACUUCGAAACCUCCGCUGGUUCUGAUUCACGGAUUCGGUCCUCACGGCGUCUGGCAAUGGCGGCCGCAGAUCUCCUUCUUCGCCAGAGAAUUCGACGUCUAUAUCCCCGAUCUACUUUUCUUCGGCGAUUCCUUCACCAAGGGCUCCGAUCGAUCGGAGGUUUUUCAGGCGGCGUCCGUCGCGAAACUUCUGGAAAAACUCCGGAUUAGCAGGUACUCCGUUGUUGGGACGAGCUACGGUGGAUUUGUGGCGUAUCGCAUGGCGGCGAUGUGGCCGGAGAGGGUGGAGAAGGUGGUGAUCGCCAGUUCCGGAGUGAACAUGCGGCGGAGCGAUAAUUCGGAGCUGUUGAAUAGAGCGAAAAUGAAGAAUAUUGAGGAUUUCAUGCUGCCAAGCACCGCCGUGCAAAUGAGGGCGUUGAUCGGCUUGGCUGUUUUCCGGCGUCCAUACAUUCCUGAUUUCUUCCUCAAUGAUUUCAUUAACAAAUUAUACAGAGAAAACAGGAAAGAGAAACUGGAACUAUCGAAAGGAUUGACACUCGGACAAGAUGACACUGAUCAAACCAUAUCUCCCCUUCCUCAGGAAGUAUUGAUAGUCUGGGGAGAUCAUGACCAGAUAUUUUUAUUGGAAAAAGCAAUUGAACUUCACAAGACUCAUAUCAAAUGCAGCCAAAGAACACAACACCAAAAAGUCAAAGUCAGCUGCGUGCGGUGGCAUUUGACCCUCAACUUUGACAGAUUCUCGAGUAGUACAAAGGAAGAAGACACAAAACAGGACGGAAAACAGCACGAUUGCAAAUGAGAGAGAAACAAAUAGUAUUUAAGUAAAAAAUUGAUGGAUCGUGUUUACACUUGCUUGGGCCUCUCUCAUUUUAAAUAAGCUUUUGUGCCUAGAAGUUCAUUUCUAGGAGGAGUUUAUAUGAAUUAGUCAACGUGCGGAUUGGUUUAUAUGUGGAAAAAAAUAAACAGAUAAAGAUAGCACGAUUACCGUAAUACCCGGCAAGUAGAAACGGAUAACAAUGAUCAAACGUGCAUCAAAUCAAAACAUUACUUCUACUUGCUA